AUGAGCCUCGGUCGUCGAAGUUAUCGACCGUCGACCGCAGCCGACGCGCUCGACCAGCUGGGCGUUUGCGGCCAAGAAAAAACGUGUUCUACCGUUAAGUCGCUAAACAACAGCCGCAUUGGUGAUUUCUCAUCGACGCUCGAAUCUUCGACUUUACGUCGAGUAUGUAGAAACAAGGCGAUGCGUGUCGAAUGCUGCCUUCCGGUCGAUGGUCGAUCGUUAGUCGCCAUUAGGCACCACUUACGCGUUGAAAAAAAACAACAGGCGUUCGUCUGA